AGACUCCAUUUCUUUCUCUGGAGACUGUGAUAUACACUUAGAAGAAUCUUCUGAAGACAAUCUUGGAAAAGCAGCUCCGAAGCCCCUAUGCUAUGAGCGGAGCCACGAAGACUUUGUGCUCUUCCCUGAAGCACUGCAGGAGCCUCCGGAUUCCUGGGAGUUCCAGGAAUUUUGGGGAAUCCCAGAAAUUUUUAUCGCGGCAGAUUUGGAAACUAUGGUAUGAGCAAGACACUAGUAUAGUCAUAACUUAACAAUGAAUAUGUUAUGUGUAUUAACUUGUGCUUUUGUAGGAAUGGUUGUGAACCACGCUUUUACUUCGGUGUUUGACACCCUAUGGGCGUCAUUUGUUACCGAUGGACCUGGUAAUCACUCUAUUGAUUACAAAACGUUAUAUGAAGAUUGCGUCUACGAGGCGAACUGGCCUUCACCAAUGGUGGCAGGAAUUGGUGCCACCAGUCUUGUUGUUGGUGCUUGUCUGGGUGGGUUCGCCUACAGGAGACGCAAUUUUGGAAAGAAUUCUAAUGAAAAGAAUGACGACCAGGAAAUGGAGGAGAGCAAUGUAGAAACGAUAAUGUCGCAGGAAGAGCAGGGCCAGCAAGAUGGUACGGAUAAUUCUGAAAUUGCAAACAUCUUGCGUCGUCAGGAAGAACUACUGGUGAAAAAUGAGCAAUUACACGAAGAACUGAGAGAAGCCAAACUUUAUGGAAAUACAAUGGAAAAUUUAAUGGAAGAAGCUCGGGAGGAAGUAAUGGCUUUAAAGAACGACAUCGUGGCAAUGGAAGACCUUCAUCGGGAAGAAUUGAGCGAGGUUUCCAGCCAUGGAAACGAAAUGGAGAAGCUGCUGGAAGAGGCGCAAGAGGAGGUGCUGACGAUGAAGAAUAACAUCGUGGCGACAGAAGCUGAUCACGAAAAGAGGUUACGAGAGAAAGACGAUGAAAAUGCGGCGUUGCAAGAAGCCUUACAGAGGGCUUUGGAGCUGGAACGAAAAACGAAUCGGCUCCUGAAAGAGGCUGAGGACCUGACUGAAACUCUGCAACGUCGUUUGGUGGAGAAAGAUCAAUUGAUAAAGCAGAAGGAGGAAGAAAAAGUUCACGAUUCCUUGCAAGAAAACGACAAAAGGAGGAGAGAGGAAGAUGAGAGACUGAACUCGCUUCGAAUGCAGAUGGAAGAGGAAGUUACGAGAAGGGAGAAAGAAGCAAGCUCGCUCUUGAGGGAAGUCACUCAAAAGGAAAAGGAGUUCAACUUGUACAUGGCGAAGGUGAAGAAAGAUUUGGAGGACAAGGAGAAGAGUCUGGUGCAGAGAGGAAAAGAACUUGAUAAGAAGCAUUCAAAAUUACAAGAAAUGAAGAAAGAGAUGAAAAAGGAAGAGAAGAGAUUACAAGAGGAAGAAAAGAAACUGCAGAAGGCAGGAAAGAAACAGCCAAAGGAGGGACAUGGGAAACAAGGGAAGCAGCCUCAAACCAAAGAGGACUUUCUAUUGAAAGGAAGAGAGACAGUCCUCUUGGAAGGAAGAGAGACGGUCCUCUUAGAAGGAAGAGAGACGGUCUUCUUGGAAUCGGAUGAAUUAAAGCGAAGGGAAGCAGCCGUCCUGGAAACAGAAAAGAAUCUCCUUCUAUUUGACAAAGAAUUACGAGGCAAACAAGAAGCUGUCUUGAAACUGGAAAAGGAUCUCAUUAGAUUCGAUGAAGAGUUACAGGCCAAAGAAGAGGCUGUAACAAUAACACUCAAUAAUCUUUUGGGAUUGGAGGAGAAUUUGAAGGCGAGAGAAGAAGCUGUCAUAAAAGUGGAAGAGGGUCUCUUUAACCUUGAAAGAGAAUUGAAGGCAAAGGAAGAGUUUAUCCGCCACCAAGAAUCUCUCUUAAUGGAGGAUAAGUUGAGACUUAAGGAAAGAGAAGACGACUUACAAGAGGAAAUAGCAAGGAAGCUCAUCCAAAAUGAGGUAGGAGAGGCCAGCUGUGAAAAUGUAGAAAAUGUGGAAGAAGAUUUGCCCGAGGAGAAGAAAUGUAAAUCACAGAUCAAUAGACAGAGAAAAGAGAGGCAGGAAAAACAACAAGACUGUUUACAGAAGGAAAACGUUGUUUCAGAGGCAGCGGACAAUAUAGAAUUAGAAGGGGUACAUGUUGAAAGUGAACCUGAAGUAGGAGGGACUAGCUUUGAGACACAUUCAGGAGAGGAUAAUUCAGUACCUGUCGAGGAGGACAUGGCCGAAUUUUCCAUUGCCAACCCCUUCAGCUUACUGUCUGAAGUGGAACAUAUAAAAAAUGAAUGUGUUAAGGAGGAGGAAAAGAGAGGUAAAGCACAGAGAAAUAGACAGAGAAAAAAGAGGCAGGCAAAACAAGACAGUAUCGAGAAGGAAAAUGUGGUUGUUUUAGAGGCAGCAGACAAUACAGAAUUGGAGAGGGUACAUGUUGAAAGUGAACCUGAAGUAGAAGGGACUAGAUGUGAGACACAUUCAAAAGAGGGAAAGGCAGUUCCUGUUGAGGAGGAAAUGGCCGAAUUUUCCAUUGCCAACCCCUUCAGCUUACUGUCUGAAGUGGAACAUAUGGAAAAUGAAUGUGUUGAGGAGGAGGAGAAGAGAGGUAAAGCACGGAGACACGGAAGGAAUAGAAAGAGGAAGGAAAGACAGGAAAUACAAAACCAGCCUGAAACUGUACCUGCUGAAGAAUCUGGACAUGCUAAAGAAUCGGGAGAUUCUAAAGAGGCACAGGAAACAGAAGACGAUAAGGAAAAGUCAUUAAUAGCAGACAGCAUAGAGUCAGAAGAAAAAGAAUGGCUUGAGAAGGAGGAGAAGAGAGGUAAAGCACGGAGGAAUAGAAGGAAAAGAAAGAGGAAGGAAAGACAGGAAAUACAGGACCCGCCUGAAAUUAUACCUGUUAUAGGUGAAACAGAUUUAGGCCUACAGGAGGUGAGUGAUGAGGAAAAUUUGGGAUUCUUCAUUGCUGAAGGACCUGAACAUGCCAAAGAAUCGGGAGAUUCUGAAGAGGUGGAGGAAACAGAAGGCGAUAAGGAAAAGUCAUUAAUAGUGGACAGCAUAGACUCAGAAGACAACAAGGAGUCAGAAGAUGAUAAACAACCAGAGGAGGAUGGAGAAUCCGAUGAUGGAGAAUUUGGAAAGGAGGUCGAAUUGGAAAAUGAUGAGGAAUUAGCUAAAGAAAAGUCAGAUAUUGGAGAGGAGAAACAUGAAGGUGGUGAAGGAGAGGAUGAUGGGAAACCAGAACAAGAUGAAGAAUCGGACGAGGGAGAGUCAGAAGACGAGGAAUCAGAUGACAAGGAAGAAUCAAGAGAUCCCAGGCCUAAGGCUCAAUCUCAGGGUGAACCGUUUGUAUGGCGGGUUCCAGGGCUGCCUCGGAAAAGAAUUCCAGGACGAAAGAAGCGGAGGCCACCGAGUCCGAAGCCAAAAAAAUGCCAGAAGAAGACCAAGGAGGAGAAGAGUCAGUUGAAACAGACUCGGGCACAGUUCCAGCAGGCGGCUGCGAAGAAUCAGUUCCAGAGAGGAAAAAGAUGGUGAGCCAGAUUUCCUCAGCAGGAGCAGAAAGCUGCCCUUCCACAGUGGAGCACAU